AUGACCUGGAAAUACUUUCAUUCUUAUUGCCCUUUCACUUUGCAGGCUGGUGUCAAGAUUAUGCUGAUUAACUGCAGGACCCAAGUCUCUGGUUGCCUAGUGACAGACCUUUCUCAGUGGCGGAGGAGGAACCAGACAAAAGGCAGUGCGUAUCUUCUAGCUGUCUGAUGUGACUUCUUCCUCAAACUGGUCAUCACCCAAUCAGAAAAAGAAAAACUACAAACAACAUUCUUCACGCACACUCUACACUAAGAAAACAUGGCCAAGGGCAGGAAAGGUCCCAAGGGCAAGAAGAUCACCCUCAAUGUAGCGAAGAAUUGCAUUAAAAUCACCUUUGACGGAAAAAAACGCCUUGAUCUGAGCAAGAUGGGCAUCACCACCUUCCCCAAGUGCAUCCUGCGGCUCAAUGACGUGGACGAGCUCGACCUUAGCAGGAACCUCAUCAGGAAGCUCCCCGACUCCAUCUCCAAGUUCCAGAACUUGCGGUGGCUGGACCUGCACAGCAACUACAUCGACAAGCUCCCGGAGUCCAUCGGCCAGAUGACCACUCUGCUCUACCUCAACGUCAGUAACAACAGGCUGACCACCAACGGGCUGCCCGUGGAACUCAACCAGCUCAAGAACAUCCGCACCGUGAACCUGGGGCUGAACCACCUGGACAGCGUGCCCACCACGCUGGGGGCGCUCAAGGAGCUCCACGAGAUUGGGCUGCACGACAACCUCCUGACCAGCAUCCCCACCAGCAUCUCCAAGCUCCCCAAGCUAAAGAAACUGAACAUCAAGCGCAACCCCUUCCCGAAGUCAGAGGAGUCCCAGAUAUUCGUAGACUCCAUCAAGAGGCUGGAGAACCUCUACCUGGCGGAGGAAAAGGAUCUGUGUGGGAACUGCCUGCUAAAAUGUCAACAGGCCCGGAACAAGCUGAACAAAAUCAAGAGCAUGGCCUCCCCAGCGCCAAGAAAGGCCAUCUUUUCCAAUCUGGUCUCGCCCAACUCCAUGGCCAAGGAAUCCCAGGAAGACUGGAGGUGACCUGGGACCCUCACCCCUGAGGCAGAAAGGGGGAAGGACGGGAGGGAGGAGGCAGUAGGCUGUACACACAGGAA